UGUCUUCGCUCCUCCAUAUUCCCCCAAAGACGAAGAAUCAGAUUCUCUCUCUCUCUCUCUCACACACACACACACACUACAACCUUUUCUCACCUAGAACUCGCACUUUCUUUCUCUCUGGUGUCGCUAACGGAGAAAUAGUUAUUUCGGAUCUCCACUUGCUGUUAAGUGUUUGAAUCGCGUGUUUUUAGGGUUACUGUGACUGAUAGAACCAGUUUAAGCUCAUUUGUUGUGUAAAUUUACAGGUGUUAUGUACUCGAGGAAUGAUGUGAAGAAAGUUAGAUUAAAUGGAAGUUUUUUAGAUUACGGGUUCCAAAGUGGCUUGGAGCAAAACAGUUGGUAUCUUAUAUUCUUAUAGUGUCUGCUCCAAGUAGUUCUUACACAUUUUGCAUGUGAGCAAAGAUGGGGUCUGCAUGCUGUGUUGCUGCUAGAGAUAGAACUAUAACAAACGGAUCCAAUAGUGAUGUUAUACCGAGAAACAUCAGAUAUUCUCCAUCAUGGAGUGUUAGGUGGGAAAAUAGGCGGCGUGUAGCAGGAGAAGAAGCCUCUAUAAAUUGGUUUUCCGACGGUAUUGUAACAAACGACAGGCUGGAUAAUAAAUCUCAGACAACUGUUGGAACCGCUUAUGCAUCAGAAGAGGGUAGUCCGUUGGAAAGUUUCCGAAAUUUGACGUGGCAAAAGUCUUCUCCUUCUGAAGGAUUUACGGUUCCUCCGUCAGACCAAUCUGUCUCUCAAAUUACUUCAGAGGUGAAGGAUCCAAACGAAACUCAACUUGCUUCAGAACAAUCUCCAACGAUGAUGUCAUCGACACACUCGGUUUCUUCUUUUUCACCGUCCCCAUUGUCGUCAUCCCAACCUCAUUUCCUACCCCCGUCACGAUGGCACGGUCGGUCCCCGGGGCACCAUUUAUUGCGCCAGGUGUCAGAUAGCAGAAUUCCCGCAAUGAAGUCACCAAACUUAUCAAUCUCCGAAGAGGGUGGUUCUCCAUUUAUGCUCCCAGGGUGGAGCAACGAGUCGAACCGUGGGUCACAUGGUGGAUCUUCCGAUAGUUGGUCUGUACCCGCCUUUAACGAGCUUAUGACAGCCUCUCACGGUCACAGAGAACGAUGGUCUUUCGAUAGCAGCAGAACUAGCGGCAGGGUUUCUUCAUCACCGUCUGUUGAUUUGCGGACAUGUGGCGUGUGCUCGAAACUUCUAACCGAAAGAUCGUCUUGGGGGGCCCAGAAGAUUAUAGCGAGUAACGAGCUUGCUGUCGUUGCCAUUUUAAUAUGCGGGCAUGUUUACCAUGCAGAGUGUUUGGAAAAUAUGACGUCUGAAAUCAACAAGUAUGAUCCAGCAUGUCCUGUGUGUACGUUUGGGGAGAAAAAGGUUAUUAAGUUGUCGGAAAAAGCUUUGAAAGCUGAUUUGGAAUUGAAGGCUAGGAUCAACAAGAAAUCAAGAAGUCGGGUGGUUGAUGGUGAUAUGAACGGGGAUGAUAUUAUGUUCGAUCAUCAUCAUUAUCAUCAUAAGAUUAGCCCUAAGAUGGGCUCAAGUUCGAGUAUGAAGUCAUCUGUUGGAAAGCCUUUCUUAAAGCGACACUUCUCUUUUGGUUCGAAAGGCAGUCGGUCCAUGUCAGACAACAAUUUCGCCCGCAAAAAAGGGUUUUUCUGGGCAAGAUCGAGCAAGGAGUGACCUUACGUUGCUCUAAAAGUUGUAGGUGGAUCGGACGGUUGGUCUCUCUGGAAAUCUUGAUCUACGGCGGUAUCAUUUCGUCUUUAAAGAUCUCGGGUAUGACUAGGAUUAGCUCUCCUCAAGAUACUGUAAAGCAGGGUUUGAAUAACACAUAAUCAUUGAUAAUCUUGAUGAAUAUGGUAUAAUAUAUAAGUGGGGAGAAAAUCAAAGUAAUUGGAUGAAUUAGUUUCAAGUUUGUGUUUUGUAAAUUUAAAUUUAUUUUUGUUUCUUUUUGAUUUUUGUUGGCUUUCACAUUUGCUUUGCUGACAAUAAUAUCAGUAGUUGCCAAAGUUUCAUGAUU